AUGUUGAUAGAAUCAAUUCGAUGUUUUCAAAUCGGUAAUGAUCUUAUUCAAAAUAAUCCAAAUGUAUUAUUAUUAGUUGAUCCUAUAAUAAAAUGUCUUUGUUCUUCAACUUAUAUUAAUAUAUUAAAACAAAUCGAUAUUAAAUCAAAUGAUCCUAAUGCAUUUGAAGAUUUUAUAUUUGGCACAUGUCCAUAAAUUGUUUGUUCAUUAACAUUUAAUAAACAUAUUUAUGAUAUAUUAAUACAUAAUUAUGAAAAUUUUUUUAUUUAUUUAAAAAAUAUUCUUAUUCAUUCAAAAGAAGAAGGUGUUCAAGCAGCUUCUAAAGGAAUUUUAUCUUAA